AUGGUCUGUGAUUUAGUUAAUCUCCCUCAAGUUACACCAGAAAUUAUUAAGAUGAAAUUAUUUCCUCAUACACUUAGGGACAAAGCUAGCCAUUGGCUAUCCACAUUAGAUAGAGAAUUAACUAGCUGGAAAGACAUAGAACAUGCCUUUCUUCGAAAAUUUUAUCCCUUAGGAAAAACCCAAAAUAUGAGAAAACAUAUAUGGAGUUUUUCUCAAAGACUAGGAGAAACUUUACAUGAGACAUGGGAAAUAUUCAAAGAUUUACUUAGAAAGUGUCCUCAUCAUGCUAUACCCAAGUGGCAGCUCAAUAGAAUUUUUUAUGAUGGAUUAUUAGAACAACAUAGAAAUAUGGUUGAUUCUAUAUGUGGAGGAGCUUUUAUGGAGAAAACCCCUAAUGAGAUUUACAGUCUUUAUGAGAAUUUAAGUAAAAAUUCUAGAGAUCAAGCCUCUUUUGAAUUAUAUGACAAGAAUAAGAAGAGAGGAAUUUACGAAUUGUAUCAUGAUGAUGAUUCUAAACUUAGAAAUGAGGUUAAUCAGAUUAAUCAAAGAUUAGAAAAACUUGAUUUACUUAUUGACAAUAUUAGAAAGCCUCUUAAUCCUCAAUUUAAUUCAAAUAGUACAUGUCCUAUGUAUGGUGAGAAUGAUUAUUCUAAACUUCAAUGUUAUAAUUUAGAUCAAUCAUUUCACCAUAAGCAAGAACAAGUGCAAGUAGCUCGUGGUUUUAAUAAAAAUAGGGAACCUUUUUCAAAUUCUUAUAAUCCUAAUUGGAAGAAUAAUUUUUCAUGGAGAGACCCAAAUAAUAUUCAAAAUCUAAAAGCACUUAGACCCAAUUCAAACUCUAAAUUUCGUCCAAAAUAAGAAAACAGAUUUCAGAAAAAUCAGCCCUCUCAAAUCCAACUUGAUGCUAUGGAAAUGAUGCAACAAAUGAGUCAAAUGAUGCAACAAACUAUGAAUCAAAUGAUGCAACAAACUAUGAAUCAAAUGAUGCAGCACCAGAAACAAAUUAUAGAGGCCCUUGGGAAUAAGAGAGAAGAGGGACAGCUACCUAGUCAGCCCAUAGAAAAUCUAGGGAACCGCCCAAUAAUAGGAUUUCAGCAAGGGGAGUCUAGUAGCAUGAAUCUAGGAAAAAACCCACGAAAUGAAAAUGUUAGGACAGUGAAUGCAUUAAGGAGUGGUAAGAUCUUACCUGAUCCUUAUCCCCAAACAUUAGAAGAAAAAGAAAACGUGGACAACCCAAAACAAAAUCAAAUAGGAGUAGAAGAGGAUUUUAUAGAUUCUACCAAGGAAAUUUUGAAAGAGAGGACAACCAUUCCAUUUACUAAAGCUCUAGAGCCUAGACAAAGAAAGAAAAAGGAACACAAUGAAGAAAUAAAGAAAAUUUUACAAGAUGUGCAAAUUAGUCUUCCUUUACUCACUACCAUUGAACAUAUUCCUGAAUAUGCUAGAGUUUUGAAAGAAAUGUGUACACCAAAAAGGGCACCUAGAGUAGAAAAAUUAUCUAUGCAUGUUAGUACAUUAUUAUUAAAUCAAUUACCAUAUAAAUUGAGAGAUACAGGUGCCCCUUUAAUUUCGUGUGAUAUUGGUAGAUCUAUUUUUCAGAAUGCAUUACUUGACACCGGUGCUAGUAUUAAUUUAUUACCUGCAAGUAUUUGUGAUAAAUUUAAUAUUUCUGAUCUUAAACCUUCUACUGUUACCUUACAAUUUGCUGAUAGAUCCAUAAAACAUCCUAAAGGUAUUUUAGAAAAUGUGAUAGUAACAGUUAAAGGGUGUAAAUUUCUAGUUGAUUUUGUAGUGCUGAAAAUGGAUUUUAAUGGAUAGUUUUAUGAUACACCAAUCAUCCUAAGGAGACCAUUUUUGCAUACAGAAAAGAUGAAUAUUGAUUUUCUCAUAGGUAUUGUGAAAAUUUUAUGUGGAGAUCAAUCAGUAGAAAUUAAAAUUUUUGAAGUACCAAAUGAUCUUAAGAAAUCACAAGUAUAUGAUUGUCAUACCAUAGAUCUUCUAGAUGAUUUUGAUGAUCCAGAUGUUAUUGAUGACUGUGUGUUAGCAGAAUUAGAGGAAAUAGAGAAUAUAAAUUUAGGAGAAAAGAAAGAGGAAGAUUAUCUGAAUUUAAAGUUGAAACCUCUUCCCUCUAGUUUAAAAUAUAUGUUUUUGGAGGAAAAUAAUUCAUUUCCUGUUAUUAUUGCAGCUGAUUUGAGUGAUGAACAGGAAGAAGAAUUAUUAGAUGUACUUCGAAAAAAUAAGAAGGCUAUGGGCUGGAAAAUGGACGAUCUAAGGGGCAUUGAUAUGAGUGUAUGCAUGCAUAAUAUAUAUCUAGAGGAGGGGGCUAGAACUAGCAGGGAACCACAACGAAGAUUAAAUCCUAACAUGAUGGAAAUUGUAAAAAAAGAAAUAAAUCUACUUUUUAUGCAGCAUGGCCAACCUUAA